ACCAUCAAGGCAGCUCCCACAGGUUCUCUCCGCACCACUCCACACUUUUCCUUCUCCACGCAAAUUUCACUUCUCCCUCUACCCUCUAAAUGGUCAUAAUUGCCCCCAACCUUCGCUAAAAUCACCAUUCUACCCUCCCAUGGCCGCCCUUUCUGUCCCUUCCUCAUCCCCCCACCUCCCCUCUCAUAUUCCCGACCAAUCUCCAUCUCUACCACAGCAACAAACUGCUGUAGUUGAAGACGCCCACAGCGUCCAAAACAACCACAACAGAGACAACAACGAUAACGAGAACGACUACAACGGAGAGGGAGAAGCAGGAGAGGAAGACGAAGAAUAUGAAGAGCAGGACACCGCUUCCAAUUUGCCUCUCCCCCCGAUCUCAACCUCCCACAACGAUCCUCCACUGCCAUCGCCCACAGUGGAAUCGCCCUCCCUCCUUCACGUCUCCUUCAACCAGGACCAUGGCUGCUUUACUGCGGGCACUGACCAUGGCUUCCGCAUCUACAAUUGCGAUCCUUUCCGCGAGAUCUUCCGUCGCGAUUUUGAUGAUGGUGGGGUCGGCGUCGUUGAGAUGCUCUUCCGAUGCAAUAUCCUCGCCCUUGUUGGCGGCGGGCCCCAGCCCCAGUACCCCAUCAACAAGGUCAUGAUCUGGGACGACCACCAGAGCCGGUGCAUCGGCGAGCUCUCGUUCCGGUCUGAGGUCCGUGCGGUCCGGCUGCGGCGGGACCGCAUCAUUGUUGUUCUUGAGCAGAAGAUCUUCGUCUACAAUUUUGCUGAUUUGAAGCUGCUGCACCAGAUCGAGACGAUCGCCAACCCCAAGGGUCUGUGCUCGGUUUCCCAGGUGUCGGGGUCGCUUGUGCUCGUCUGCCCAGGCCUGCAGAAGGGGCAGGUCAGGGUGGAGCAUUAUGGAUCGAAGCGGACCAAGUUCAUCAUGGCCCAUGAUUCGAGGAUUGCGUGCUUUGCGCUCACGCAGGAUGGGCAGUUGCUGGCCACCUCGAGCACAAAGGGGACACUGGUUAGAGUGUUCAACACCGUCGAUGGGACGCUGCUGCAAGAGGUACGAAGAGGUGCAGAUAGAGCUGAGAUCUACAGUCUUGCAUUCUCAGCUACUGCCCAGUGGCUGGCAGUCUCAAGUGACAAGGGUACAGUCCACGUCUUCAGCCUCAAGGUCAAUUCAGGAUCACCAGGAAAUGAACAGUUGCGUACCGCAUCUGACCCCAAUCUUGUGCAGACAUCAACCAGUUCGUCUCUCUCCUUCAUCAGGGGGGUGUUGCCAAGAUACUUCAGUUCGGAAUGGUCUGUUGCCCAGUUUCGAUUGCAGGAAGGUACACAGUAUAUUGUGGCCUUUGGCCACCAGAAGAAUACAGUCGUGAUUCUAGGCAUGGAUGGAAGCUUCUAUCGCUGCCGGUUUGAUCCUACGAGCGGUGGAGAGAUGACUCAGCUGGAAUUCUAUAAUUUCCUGAAACCCGAAGAAACUUUCUAGAAGUGGAAAACGUCUCUUCUUUCCAAAAGGUUUUUGGGUUCUAAUUAUGUUAAAUUGUUUUUGGAUUCUUUAAACUUCAAUAUGGUUGUAAAUAUAUGUAAAAUGAUUAUAAUGUAUCACUUGCAACCUCUGUUGUGGUGGAUGUUGUAGAUAUAGCAAUAUGUGAAUAAGCAAGUAAUGAAUUAGGUGAUC